AUGGUUUCUUCCAGCGUUCUCGGUUUCCCGCGCAUCGGCACGAACCGUGAGGUGAAGAAGGCGGUCGAGGCGUACUGGGCGGGCAAGCUCUCUGCUGACGAGCUCACCAACGCCGCUGCCGAGGUCCGCAAGGGCAACUGGCAGGCCCUCAAGGGCAAGGGCGUCGACUACGUCCCCAGCGGCGAGUUCUCGCUCUACGAUCACGUUCUCGACCACUCUGCCGCCUUCAACGUCGUGCCCAAGCGCUACGUCAACCAGGGCCUCUCCCCUCUCGAUGUCUACUUUGCCAUGGGUCGCGGUCGUCAGGCUGACGGUGUCGACGUCCCCGCAUCUGAGAUGAAGAAGUGGUUCGACUCGAACUACCACUUUGUCGUUCCCGAGUUCUCGGACGAGACGGACUUCCAGCUCAAGUUCAACAAGGCCGUCGAGGAGUACAACGACGCAAAGGCGGCUGGCGUCGAGACGCGCCCCGUCAUCCUCGGCCCGGUCUCCUUCCUCACGCUCGGCAAGGCCGCGAAGGAGGCCAAGCCCGGCUUCCAACCCAUCUCCCUCCUGCCCAAGCUCCUCCCGAUCUACAAGCAGCUCCUGACCGACCUCAAGGCUGCCGGCGCCCAGUGGGUCCAGAUCGACGAGCCCAUCCUCGUCCUCGACUCUGCCGCCAACCUCGAGAAGGAGUUUGCCACCGCCUACGCCGAGCUCGCUCCCGUCGCGCCCAAGAUCUUGCUCGCGACCUACUUCAACCGCCUCGACUCGAACCUCAAGUUUGUCGCCAAGCUCCCGAUCGCCGGCCUCCACAUCGACCUCGACCGCGCGCCUGAGCAGCUCGACGCCACCAUCGAGGCCAUCAAGCCGACCGAGAUUGUCCUCUCCCUCGGUCUUGUCUCUGGCCGUAACAUCUGGAAGACCGACUUUGAGGCUGCUCUCAAGCUCGGCAAGAAGGCCGUCGACGCCCUCGGCCAGGACCGCGUCAUCGUCGCCACCUCUUCUUCGCUCCUUCACACCCCGGUGACGCUCGAGUCGGAGAAGAAGCUCACCGCUGAGCAGAAGGACUGGUUCUCGUUUGCGCUCGAAAAGGCCGCCGAGGUUUCCGUUCUUGCCAAGGCUCUCUCUGGCUCCCAGGAUGCCGCCGUCUCCAAGGCGCUUGAAGAGAACAAGAUCUCGAUCACCAAGCGCCGCGACUUUGAGCGCAACUCUGACGACGCUGUCCGCAAGCGUGUCUCUGCUAUCACGCCCGAGCAGCUUGAGCGCAAGAGCCCCUUCGCCGUCCGCCAGGAGGUCCAGAAGCAGAAGCUCAACCUGCCUAAGUUCCCCACUACCACCAUCGGCUCCUUCCCGCAAACCAAGGAGAUUCGUCAGGCGCGCGCUAAGUUCGGCAAGAAGGAGAUCACCGAGCAGGAGUACGAGGACUUCCUCAAGAAGGAGAUCGAGUCCGUCGUCCGCUUCCAGGAGAAGACCGGUCUCGACCUCCUCGUCCACGGCGAGCCCGAGCGUAACGACAUGGUGCAGUACUUCGGCGAGCAGCUCAACGGAUUUGUCUUCACCCAGAACGGCUGGGUUCAGAGCUACGGCUCUCGCUACGUCCGCCCGCCCAUCAUCGUCUCGGACGUCAGCCGUCCCGGCCCGAUCACCGUCAAGUGGUCGAGCUACGCGCAGAGCGUCACUGAGAAGCCCAUGAAGGGCAUGCUCACGGGCCCGGUCACGAUCCUCAACUGGUCGUUCCCCCGUGCCGAUGUCUCGCGCGAGCUCCAGUCCAAGCAGCUCGCUCUCGCUCUCCGCGAUGAGGUCGUCGACCUCGAGAAGGCCGGCAUCAAGGCCAUUCAGGUCGACGAGCCCGCCAUCCGUGAGGGUCUCCCUCUGCGCCGCUCCGACUGGGACGCCUACCUCAAGUGGGCCGUCGACUCUUUCAAGCUCUCCACCGCCGGCGUCACCGAUGCGCUCCAGACGCACUCGCACUUCUGCUACUCGGACUUCGACGACAUCUUCCCGUCCAUCCAGCGUCUCGACGCGGACGUUAUCUCGAUCGAGGCAUCCAAGAGCGACAUGAAGCUCUUGAAGACGUUCAAGCAGUACGGCUACUCGAACCAGAUCGGCCCCGGUGUCUACGACAUCCACUCGCCCCGUGUGCCCGGCGAGCAGGAGAUCAAGGACCGCGUCGCAGCCAUGCUCCAGAUCCUGCCCGAGUCUCUCCUCUUCAUCAACCCCGACUGUGGUCUCAAGACCCGUGGGUGGAAGGAGACCGAGGCAUCGCUCCAGAACGUCGUCGCCGCUGCCCGCUGGGCGCGCGAGCAGUACCCUUGA